AUUGCUGAGACCCAGGCGCGUCGAACCGUGUCAGUCUCGCAAUAAUCAGGUGUCAAAUCGCGCCGCUACAUUCAAUCGAAUAUGAUGCGCAUCGUUUUCCGCACCAUUGCAGCCGCGCUGCUGCUAGCCGGCUCAACACACGCCGCAUGUGGAACCAAAGGGACAAUCGUGCUCAUGGCCACCGGCGACGACAGCGAGGGUCUCAUCGUGGACGCCGAUUGUGAACAGACUGAAGUGGACGUCACCACGAGCAAGAACAAUCCAACUCUCACAGCCAGCAGUAUGGGCAUCCAGAAGGUGCUGAGCGCCCCGGACGUCAAGACAAUAGACCUAUCGCUGAACAACAUCACGUCGGUGGCUGUAUCCAACCUGACGACGCUGGAUAAACUAACGUUGACGUCAAACGCGGUCACGAGCUUCAGCAAAUUGGAAGUUCCGGACACACUCACACAGUUGGACUUGAGCUGGAACAACAUCGCGUCGUUCGACGGCAUGGCGCUGCCCGACACGAUGACGCAGCUGUUCCUAGGUGGCAACCCGAUCUCGUCUGUUUCUGGCGUGACCUUUCCGUCGUCAUUGACGCUGCUUUACAUCCACAACCUCAAACUGACCACUCUGGACGGCGCGACCUUCCCGGACAGUGUCCAGUACUUGUCUCUGGUGCAGUCUGGUUUGUCCAGUUUGGACGGCGUCAACUUCCCGGACAGUCUGCAGUACAUCGACUUCUCGUUCAACACAAUCACGUCGCUGCCCUCCGGAUUCCCGUCCACAGUGGUGCAGAUCACAGCCACGAACAACGAGAUCGCACAGCUCAACAAAUACUCGUUCCCGUCCAGCAUCACGUCGCUCAACUUUUCCGGCAACCCCAUCGAGUCGAUUCGUGGCGUUUCGUUCCCCAUGGCGCUGUCCAAACUGGAUUUUGGCUCGAACGAGAUCACGAACUUCGAGAUCUCGCGCUCAGACUACUCCACCUUCAAGGACUUGGACGUUUUCAACGCUGUAGUGGCACAGACGAGCUGCUCCACGUCUGGCGCCGAGCUGGUCGCCGUCUCUGGCUACAGCAUCUGCGUCAUCUCGGACGAGUUGUUCGAAAGAACAUACGGCAACUCCACGUCGUCUUCAAGCGCCGAGAGCUCUGUCACGGCGCUCAUCGCCAGUAGUAACAGCAACUCGACCAUCCUCAUUGUGGUCAUCUGCUUGGCUGCUGUGCUGGCCGUGGCUCUAGCAGCUUUCGCCUACCGAACGUACCGCGUGCGUCAGACUGAGAAGGACAUCUCGGGGGGACGUAUGGACGAGAACAACUUCUUCGCCAACAACACGCUGAUGGGCACGGCCACUAACUCGGGGGGCCAACACAUCGCCAACAAGCCUCACCACGCAGACUCGAACUCGUUCAACACGAUCUUCAGUGGCGGCAAAGUGACCAUGAUGGGAGGGACAGCCAUCGAGUCGGCGCUCGUCAAGUACCGUGUGCCUGCCAACGAGGUUCACAUUGAGCGAUCCAUUGCCAAGGGAGGCUUCGGUAUCGUGUACCUUGCCAACUACCAGAGUCGCUCUGUGGUGGUCAAGAAGAUUCUACCGGAAAAGGCGGCGGACGACCGCUGUCUGAGUGCGUUUAUCGAAGAGAUUAAGCUCAUCUCGUCUCUGUCGCACGCCAAGAUUGUGCGGUUUAUCGGUGUGAGCUGGAGUAUGCUCUCCGACAUGGCUGUGCUCAUGGAAUACCUGCCCAACGGAGACCUCGAUAUGCUGCUGAAACAGCAACACGAGCGGCAAGAAAUGUACCCGAAGGAGUUCGACUGGUACCAGAAUUCCUCUGUACUUCCAGCCAAGGCUUCGAUCGCUCUGGACGUGCUGGAAGCCAUCGUGUAUCUGCACUCGUUCCCGUCGCCUAUUAUCCACCGCGACCUCAAGUCGAAGAACGUGCUGCUGAGUGCGUCGUACGAGGCCAAACUGAGCGACUUUGGCGUAAGUCGCGAGUGGCAAGUGGACACGACGAUGACGGCGGGAAUCGGCACGAUGGCCUGGAUCGCCCCCGAGGUGCUACGAGGCGAGAGGUACACGGAGAUGGCCGACAUCUACUCGUUCGGUGUGAUUCUGUCCGAACUGGCCACGUGCAUCAAGCCGUUCGACGGCGUAACAAACGCCCUGAUCGUCCUCAAGGUCACGAGCGAAGAGAAGCCGGAUCUGGGCCAGAACUGCCCCGAGGACAUCCGAGAGCUGGCAGAUCGCUGCUUGAGCUUCAACGCCAACGACCGCCCGAGUGCGAGCGUGGCGCAUUACGAGCUGCGUACGUUGCUUAAGUUGCACUCGGCGUUUGAGCUCUAG